ACACGCAUGCUAAAAAGGAGUUCUGCUCCACUUUGCUACAGAGACGCCACCGUCACGGUAUUUGCAACAGAGAAAAUGGCAAACCUCUCUUCCCAGCUCAUGCUCCUAUGCGCUGGGUUCUGUCUUCUUUAUGUGCUGAUGAAAGCCAUCCAGCUGCACUUCAAAAGACAAGCACAGGUCAAGGCUUUUGAAAGUUUUCCAGGCCCUCCCACCCACUGGCUCUAUGGUAAUGUUCACCAGAUAACCAGCCAUCAAGAUGAACUGAACAUAAUGUUGGAGUGGGCUGAAAAGUUCCCUUAUGGCUUUCCCAGAUGGUUUGGAGGGUUUAUUUCUUCCUUAGUUGUCACCCACCCUGAUUAUGCCAAAACUGUGUUUGGAAGAGGAGAUCCCAAGCCAGCAAUCUCCUAUGAGCUUUUGAUUCCUUGGAUUGGGAAAGGCCUGCUUAUCUUAAGUGGACCUAAGUGGCAGCAACACAGGCGAUUGUUAACACCAGCUUUCCACUAUGACAUCUUGAAACCCUACGUGACCCUAAUUGGAGAGUCCACCAAAGUGAUGCUGGAUAAAUGGGAGAAGUUAAUUGCAAAGGAUCCCACCAAGUCUUUGGAGAUGUUUGAUCAAAUCAGCUUAAUGACUCUUGACAGCAUUAUGAAGUGUUUAUUCAGUUAUCAGAGCAACUGCCAGACUGAGAGAGAACUGGAUUAUUAUGUCAAUGCUGUGUCUGACCUGACUCUUCUAUUAUUUCUGAGAAUCACCACUGCAUUGCUUCAGAAUGAUCUUAUCUAUUCAUGCACCAAAUCAGGACGGCGCUUUAAAGAGGCCUGUAGGUUGGCGCAUCAUCAUACAGAAAAGGUAAUUGAAGAGAGGAAGAAGUCCCUCCAGAAUGAAACAGAACUUGAAAAGAUCCAGAAGAAGCGACACCUGGAUUUUCUGGACAUUCUUCUCUGUGCUAAAUAUGAAAAUGGAGCUGGACUGUCUGAUGAAGAGCUCCGUGCUGAAGUGGACACGUUCAUGUUUGCGGGCCACGACACGACGGCCAGUGGGAUCUCCUGGCUCUUACAUGCCAUGGCCCAGCAUCCCGAGCACCAGGAGAGAUGCAGAGAAGAAAUCAAGGAACUUCUGGGGGAUCGUGAAGACAUUCAGUGGGAUGAUCUUAGUAAGAUGACCUAUACCACAAUGUGCAUAAAGGAAAGUCUCCGUCUAUAUUCUCCAAUUCCAAUUGUGUCCAGACAGCUGAGCAAACCCAUCACCUUUUUUGAUGGACGCACUUUGCCUGAAGGCUCUGUAGUUUCAGUUGCCAUUCACUGUGUCCAUAAAAACUCUAGUGUGUGGCAAGACCCCGAGGUGUUUGAUCCUGCAAGAUUUGCAGCAGAGAACUCGUCCCAGAGACAUCCUUAUGCAUUUAUCCCUUUUGCAGCAGGAUCAAGGAAUUGCAUUGGAAAGCAAUUUGCCAUGAACGAGAUAAAAAUAGCUCUUGCUCUAACACUGCUUCGCUUUGAAAUCCUGCCGGAUCCAGAAAAUCUUCCCAUUCCUAUUCCUCAGAUUGUCCUGAGGUCUGCGAAUGGGAUACACCUUUUCUUGAAGAAACUCAGAUGAUGCUGGAGAAUCAUUUCAGAAAAUGUUUCUUCCUAAGUUGGCAUCAAACAGA